UAACACGAACACGAGUAUUCUUGGCGGGGGCGCGCCUCUGUCCUCGUGAGUUCAACUGGAUCUAACUGAUGUUUACCUCAGACGACAGUUUUCGUUUCUGUGGUAAAUUCUAAGGUCAUUUUUUGGUGUGUUUUUCCAUUGGCUUAAGAUAUUAGUUGUGGAGAUCAGAUUGAUCAGAUUCACCUCUGCAGCUCCAUCAUGGAUCAAACACAAACAUCAACAGGUGGAGAUUUUUCUCCAGGAUGCAGUUCAGUUUAUCAGAAGAGAUCAGAUCCAGAGAUCAGAUGUGUGUCUAUGAAGAGUGACGUGUCUAUUGAUCAACCAUUAAAUUUUAAGAGUGAUGAUACAAGGCCUAAUCUAAGUUUAGAUCAUCAGAAGAGAUCAGAUCCAGAGUUCAGCUGUGUGUCUAUGAAGAGUGACGUGUCUAUUGAUCAACCAGUCAAUUUUAAGAGUAAUGAUACAAGGCUUAAUCUAAGGUCAGAUCAUCAGAAGAGAUCAGAUCCAGAGAUCAGCUGUGUGUCUAUGAAGAGUGAUGCGUCUAUUGAUCAACCAUUACAUUUUAAGAGUGGUGAUACACAGCCUGAUAACAGACCAGAAGUAACCGAACCCGACUGUGAUUGUAGGAAGAUUGAGCAAUCUGAGAAUCAAACACCAGACAUCAAUGAAAACAUGAGUCCUUGUUUCAGCCAUGAGUCUAAUCUUGCUGAAUUACUGAACACAUUCAGAUCAAAUCUGAGGAAGAAGUUUGAGUGUUUGUAUGAGGUAACAUCAAAUGAGAGAAACCCAACACUACUGAAUGAGAUCUACACAGAGCUCUACAUCACAGAGAGUGACAGUGGAGAGAUCAGUAAUGAACAUGAGGUGAGACAGAUUGAGACACAAUCCAGAAGAACAACAACAGAGGAGACACCAAUCAAAUGUAAUGACAUUUUUAAACCUUUACCUGAACAAGACAAACACAUCAGAAGUGUGCUGACAAAGGGAGUCGCUGGCAUUGGAAAAACAGUCUCUGUACAGAAGUUCAUUCUGGACUGGGCUGAAGAGAAAGAGAAUCAGGACGUCCACCUCAUAUUUCCACUUCCUUUCAGAGAGAUCAAUUUGAUGAAGAACAAAACACUCAGUCUUUUAGAUCUUCUUCAUCUUUUCUUCCCACAAACAAAAGAAAUGGAAAUCUUCAGUGAUGAAUAUAAAGUGUUGUUCAUCUUUGAUGGUUUGGAUGAGUGUCGUCUGUCUCUGGAUUUUCACAGCAGUGUGAGGCUGUGUGAUGUAAGUAAAUCAACCUCAGUGGACGUUAUGCUGACAAACCUCAUCAAGGGGAAUCUGUUUCCCUCUGCUCUCAUUUGGAUCACCGCCAGACCAGCAGCAGCUGAUCUCAUCCCCACUGAGUUUGUUGAUCGAGUCACAGAGGUACGAGGCUUCAGUGAUCCACAGAAGGAGGAAUACAUCAGGAAGAGAAUCAGUGAUGAGAGUCUGUCUGAUCAAAUCAUUCCACACAUGAAGUCAUCCAGGAGUCUCUACAUCAUGUGUCAAAUCCCAGUGUUCUGCUGGAUUUCAGUCACUGUUCUAGAGAGAAUGUUGAGUGAAGCAGAGAGAAGAGAGUUCCCCAAGACUCUCACUCAAAUGUACACACACUUCCUGAUCAUUCAGACAAACAUCAAACAUCAGAAGACCUAUGAGAAGAAAGAUGAAGACAUGAUCUUCAAACUGGGUAAACUGGCUUUUGAGCAGCUUUUGAAAGGCAAUCUGAUCUUUUAUGAUGAAGACCUGAGAGAGUGUGGCAUUGAUGUAGCAGAAGCAACAGUGUACUCAGGAUUGUGUACUCAGAUCUUCAGAGAGGAGUUUGGUUUGUAUCAGGGGAAAGUUUACUGCUUUGUUCAUCUCAGCAUCCAGGAACAUCUAGCAGCUCUUUAUGCUCACAUCUCCUUCACAAACUACAACAGAUAUGUGUUUGAUCAAAGUCAUAAGGCAGGUUGGUUUUGGAAAAUAUUGAGAAGAUUAAUAUGUAAAUCAUCAGAACAGAUUUCAUUAUCUGAGUUGCAUCAGCGAGCUGUAAAUAAAUCUUUACAGAGUAAGAAUGGACAUCUGGAUCUUUUCCUGCGUUUUCUUCUGGGUCUUUCACUGGAGUCCAAUCAGAUUCUCUUACAGUAUCUACUGACACAGAUGAGAAGAUGCUCCUACAUGAAAGAGGAAACUAUUGAGUACAUUAAACAGAAGAUGAAUGAGAAUCGGUCUACAGAGAAAUCCAUCAAUCUGAUUCACUUUCUGAAUGAAAUGGGUGAUGAUUCACUGCUGCAGGAGAUUCAAGAUUAUGUGACAUCUUAUUCAGUAGGAAAGACCAAACUCUCCUCUUCACAGUGGGCAGCUUUAGUUUUUGUGUUGUUGACGUCUGAGCAGCAAUUGGAUGAACUUGAUCUAAAUAAAUUUAUUGGAGAUAAAAAUAAAGCAGAUGAAGUUUUUGUGAAACUGCAGCCUUUGGUUAAAGAAACCAAAAAAAUCAAGUUGAGUGAUUGUUAUAUCACGGAUGAGGGUUGUGUUGCUCUAACUUCAGCUCUGAGAUCAAACCCAUCACACCUGACACAUCUGGAUCUGUCUGAGAAUAAUCUAAGAGAUUCAGGAGUGAAGCUGAUCUCUGAUGUACUGAAGAAUCCUGACUGUAAACUGGAGAUACUGAAGUUGAGUGAUUGUAAUAUCACAGAUGAAGGUUGUGUUGCUCUGACUUCAGCUCUGAGAUCAAACCCAUCACCCCUGAGAGAUCUGGAUCUGUCUGUGAAUUAUAAACUAAGAGAUUCAGGAGUGAAGCUGAUCUCCGAUGUACUGAAGAAUCCUGACUGUAAACUGGAAAUACUGCAGUUAAAGAGUUGUGAUAUCACAGAUGAAGGUUGUGUUGCUCUGACUUCAGCUUUGAGAUCAAACCCAUCACACCUGACACAUCUGGAUCUGUCUCGUAAUAAACUAAGUGAUUCAGGAGUGAAGCUGAUCUCUGAUGUACUGAAGAAUCCUGACUGUAAACUGGAGUUACUGGAAUUGAGUGAGUGUAAUAUUACAGAUGAAGGAUGUGUUGCUCUGACUUCAGCUCUGAGAUCAAACCCAUCACACCUCACACAUCUGAAUCUGUCUGAUAAUAAACUAAGAGAUUCAGGAGUGAAAUUUAUCUUUGAUGUACUGAAGAAUCCUGACUGUAAACUGAAGAUACUAAAGUUGUGGUGUGUUAAUAUCACAGCUGAAGGGGAUGCUGCUCUGACUUCAAACCCCUUACAUGUGAAAAAACUGAAUCAUAUUAAAUUGGGAGAUACAGAAGUGAAGCUGAUCUCUGAUGUACUGAAGAAUCCUGACUGCAAACUACAGAUACUGGAGUUGUCUACGUGCAAUAUCACAGAUGAAGGUUGUGUUGCUCUGGCUUCAGCUUUGAGAUCAAACCCAUCACACCUGAGAGAUCUGGAUCUGUCUGAUAGUAAACUCACAGAUUCAGGAGUGAAGCUGAUCUCUGAUGUACUGAAGAAUCCUGACUGUAAACUGAAGAUACUGAACUUGAAUAAGUGUCAUAUCACAGAUGAAGGUUGUGUUGCUCUGACUUCAGCUCUGAGAUCAAACACAUCACACCUGACACAUCUGACUCUGGCUAUGAAUAAUCUAAGAGAUUCAGGAGUGAAGCUGAUCUCUGAUGUACUGAAGAAUCUUGACUGUAAACUGGAGAUACUAAACUUUUAUAAGUGUGAUAUCACAGAUGAAGGUUGUGUUGCUCUGACUUCAGCUCUAAGAUUAAACCCAUCACACCUGACAUAUCUGAAUCUGUCUCAGAAUAAACUAAGAGAUUCAGGAGUGAAGCUGAUCUCUGAUGUACUGAAGAAUCCUGACUGUAAACUGGAGAUACUGAAGUUGGAGCGGUGUUAUAUCACAAAUAAAAGUUGUGUCGCUCUGACUUCAGCUCUGAGAUCAAACCCCUCAUCACACCUAAGAGAUCUGUAUCUGUCUGAGAAUAAACUCACAGAUUCAGGAGUGAAGCUGAUCUCUGAUCUAAAAGAUGAUCCACAUUAUAAACUACAGACAGUACGUUGGAAGUAAAGAUGUCUGUCUGAUCUUCAGUAUGAUCUGAUGGUGAAUAAGAAGACACAAUAGUGACAUCACAGACACUUCCUCUUAAACGUAUGAGUUGAUUAUUCAGUACAGGAUUUGUAUAUGUAUAAAGCCGUAUGUAUAAAGCCUCCUAAGUGUUAAGACUAGGUCUCAGCUACUAAAUUAUUAAAGAGAACUGGAGAGGUCUCCUAACCUAGUUAAGAGUAAUAAGGGGGCAGCAGAGAGGUGGAGAUCAUGCCCUUUAAAACAAAGAAUGUGUUGGAAUUAUUUUCAUUCAAAUGUAUUUCUAUAGCACUUUUGACUAAUUUGUUGUUGUAUUGUUGCAAAAAAAAAAAAAACAUUUACAGUAAAUACAUGUUAGUAUAUAGACAGUUGAUAAACAUUAUAAUAUAAAGAUUAUGCAUUAUACAAUAUAACAUUACGAAAUAUAAAGAGUGUAUAGGGUUUUUUAUACAGUACAAUGUAUAUUAUAUUACACAAUAUAAUAUACCGUUUAAGAUGUAUAUUAGUAAAACUUAUUCAAGUGCAUGAACAGUACCAAGAUUUUUUAUGGGAUUAUCAAGACAGCAUACUUAAAUGGUAUAAAAAAUUGCAUAAUAAACACAGUGAAAAUUUAAAGUUGGAUCAAAUUAUUGAUAAUGCCUAAAAAUUUGAUGUUUUUUUUAACUAAAAUUUUCUCAGUUUAAGUGAAAUAAUUAAAGUUAAAAAUGUUUAAAUAUUAGGUGUUACCAAUUGAAGUAAUUUUUUUAAGUAGAGCAGCUUUCACGUUUUACAGUUUAUGACAGGUAAAUAAAAUACCAUGAAAUGUAAAUAAAAUCUACAAUAAAAAAUGUGAAGUAUCUACAAGAUUGCAGUGGCACUAUUAAUAUCACUUUAAAUGUAAUGGAGUAUACAACCCCUGACCCAAAACAUAAUGUUAGCAAUGUUAGCAGUGAGCAAGCCAAAGGUGAAAGUGACAAAGAUGGCAUAAAUUACAAUGGUGUUUAAGUGGAGAAAUCCAACUGAACUUGAUCAUCUUGUUCAGGCUUGAUCAUCAAAGGAUUUUUUUAACUAAGUGUUUGCAAACUUUAGUCUUUUCUUUAUAAACAGCUUGUGAGUGAAAUCAGAAUGAUGUGCUUCAUCAUCUUAAUUUUAUUAAUAGCAUUACGUUUGUUUGUUUAUUUCAUGUUGAAACUUAAUCAAAAUGGUGCAAAAUUGUGUAAAAUAAAUGCAUGUACUUAUUUGUAAUAUUAUUUAACAUUUCGUGAAGCAAAUUCAAAUUAAAAUAUUUAAAUACUAAUAUA